AUGAUUUUCCUUAAGUCUUUCAGUUACCAAUUCUAUAUUAUCUUUGCUCUCUUUUACGGAUUGUCAUUCCAAUUACAAGGCUCGAGUCAGCAAUCUUGCGAUCCGACGAGUUGCACAGUACCAGACUGCCGUUGUUCGGGACUGAACAUACCGGGUGGUUUCCAUCCAGAAGAGAUCCCCCAAAUAGUGCUGCUGGCAUUCGAUGACGCGGUUAACUGGGACAAUUGGGGUUAUUAUUCAAGGCUUUUCCCCGCCGAUGGGAGUCGAAAGAACCCAAAUGGUUGCCCAAUAGCAAUGACGCUGUUUGUGUCUCACAACUAUACAGAUUACUGCAUGAUUCGUAAACUUCACAGACGCGGCAUCGAGAUCGCCGAUCACAGCCUUACACACCAGGUUCCACACAAUUGGUGGAGCAAUGCUACAAAAGAAGAACUUGCAAUAGAAAUUUUAACUCAACGUAACAACCUCGCCAAACUGGCUGAAAUUCCAUUGGACGAAAUUCGAGGUUGGAGGAGCCCAUUUCUCCAACCGACGGGCGAUACUAUGUUCGAAAUCCUUUGGGAAAACAACUUCACCUACGACGCGACUUUAACACAUCCUUUUCCAAGAAAUUGUUGGCUGCAACAUCCAACCAUGCCCGAAGGGAUCCUAUCCAGGAUUAUGGGAGAUUCCAGUGGUUACUUUGAUGGACUACAGAGAACACCUUCCUUGCGCUUAUGUCGACUUUUGUCAAAACAAACCCCGGACUAA